AUGUCAGUUUAUUGUGAAUUAGUUGAUGUUGUACAACAAAUAAGAUAUAAAACUCAAAUUUUCUACGAGACAUUCAAAAGAGAUAGUAUAGCAGAACAAAUAUAUAAUUUUUCAAAUGAAAGUACAUCAGAAAUUGAUCCAGACAUACCAUUUAGUAAGAGUUUAGAUAAAGAUUAUUCUUUGUUAUAUAGACCAGUUUCAACAUCAAAUAAUAAUGCAACUUCUGGUAAUUCAACACCACCAAAUAAUGCAAUAUCACCAAAUCAACAACAACAACAACAACAACAAGCACAACAACAACAACAACAACAACAACAACAACAACAACAACAACAACAUCAACAACAACAACAACAACAACAACAACAACAACAACAACAACAACAACAACAACAACAACAACAAGCACAACAACAACAACAACAAGCACAACAACAAGCUCAAGUACAAGCACAACAACAACAACAAAAACCAACAACUGCAACAACAGCAUCAACAGUAACAACAACACCACAACAACAACCAUCACCUAAUAAUACUACUAGUAGUUGUACAAGUAGUAGUAGUGGAAGUAGUAGUGGUACAACAAACACAACAAGUAAUACAACAACUAGUACAAACACAUCAACUGUAACAUCUGCAACAAACUCAUCAACUAUUUCAUCACUUACAUCAACAAAUGCUUCAACCUCAUCUGCUUAUUCUACUGAUCAACAAAAACCAAAUCAACCACCACAACAACCACAAAAUAUAUCACAACCACAAAAUAUAUCACAACAACAAAACACUAAUAAUGUACAACAAAAUAAUCAACAACAACAACAACAACAACAACAACAACAACAACAACAAACAUCAACUUCACCAAAAAAAUGUAAAAUAGUAACUUUUACCGGUACAUCUGUAAAAUUAAAUAGCAAAACACUUCAAAAAUCCGAUAAAACUAGUGAAAAAGAAAAUAAACAACAACAACCAGAUAGUAGUAAAACUCAACAACAACAACAAGCUCAACAACAACAAUCUCAACAGCAACAACAAGCUCAACAACAACAACAACAACAACAACAACAACAACAACAACAACAACAACAACAACAACAACAACAACAACAACAACAACAACAACAACAACAACCAGUAUUUAUAUUUGUAAAAGAAAAAGUUAAUAAAGUUAAUCAUGAUUUACCAAUAACACCACCACCAUCAUUAUUAACCAGAUUGGUUAAACCAAAUAGUGAAGAGGCAGAGUAUGGUGACAUAGUUCCGCCACCUGGUAUGGGUUUAACAUUAUCAAUUCAUACUGGAAAUACAGGUGCUGGUCAAUUAAAAGUUAGAGUCAUUGAAAAGGCUACCAUUAUUCAAACCAUUUUUGCAACACUUAAACUUCAUCAUAAUAAUGGUGGUACUGGUUUAAUUCCAGAUCCAAAAGCAUACAACCUUAGAAUUGCCGAUUCCAAUGGUAGGAUCGAUCAAGAUUUCCCUCCAUUGGAUCCAAAUCAAUAUAUAACUAAAUUUAAGGAUGAAGUAUUGGUACUUUGUCCAAAUCCAAAAUUCGAUCUAAAGAAAUCCUCUUCAUCACUUUCAAUAAGUGGUGGUGUACCACAACAAAAUAAUAAUAACAGUGUAAAUAGUAAUAGUAGUAAUAAUAGUAAUAGUAGUAAUAAUAAUAUGAAAUCAUCUGGUUUCCAACCACAACAAUCACAACAACAACAACAACAAACUCAACAAACUCAACAAACUCAACAACAAGCUCAACAAGCUCCACAACAACAACAAUCACAGCAACAACAACAACAACAACAACAACAUCCUCAACAAAUUCAACAACAAUUAAGUUCAAAUCAAUUACAACCUGAUCAAGUUGGUGGAGGAGGUGGUGGGGGUGGAGGUAAUUUCCAUAGAACUCACCAUAGAAAUGUUAGUUCAGGUCCUGAUGCUCCAUUAGUAGUGAAAAUUACAUUACCUGAUAGUAGUAUAACAAAAGUUGUUUUCCAAAAAACAAUGUUAUUAAAGGACCUAUUGGAAUCAACUUGUAAAAAGAGAAAACUUUUGAUUUCCGAUCAUUAUUUCACACUAGAGAAUGGUCAAACUUGUAAUGGUACUUUACCAAUGGAGAAAUUAGGUGGUGCCGAUUUAAUUCUAGUUUCAAGACGUCCCAUUGAACAAAUGACUGCAUUAUCACCAACUGAUACCGAUUCAACUGGUUCUUCAUCAGAUCUUCAACAAGAUAUCUUUUGGUAUGAUGCUUUAGCUUGGCAAUAUAAAACUUAUGAGGUAACUAAAACGAAAAAAUAUGGUCCAAAACAAGAUAGAAUCAUUGGUAUCGAUAGGGAAAGAGUAACAAAUAUGUCUCCAAAAGAUACUGAAACUAAAAGACCUGCAAGAUUAAUUAAAGAUAUUUCAAAAGUUGCUUUAUUAGAAAAACCAAAAUACUUUACUAUUGAAUAUAAUGAUGGAAAAUCUUAUAUUUAUGAAGCUAAAACCACUUCACUCGCAAAUGAAAUUGUUGGCAAAAUAUCAUAUAUUUUAGGAAAAUAG